AUGUUCUUGUCUGCUCCUCACCCCCUUGUCGAAUCUAAGAAGGAUGAGAACUUCAUGUUACAAAGAGUAGAUUCUGAGUUGGGGAAAUUCAUCCAACCAACUCCGAACGAGAUUACUGGUCGCGAGGUCUGGCGUGAUAGCGAGGAGGAAGAUAAUGAUUAUUUCUCCUUAGUGGUUGAUCGUUUCACUAGUGGGGGCGCUUCAGUAACAUCCGGACUUGGGUUUUUAAGAUUAGAAGAUUGUGAGAAGAGUUUUGAUCAAUACUCAUCCGGACAUGAGAAGAAGCACGACGAUGUCGUUGAUGAGGAUUGUUUGUUCCUUGAGGAUUUGAUAUCGCCGCCUUCUCCAUUGACCUCAUCAUCUUCAUCUACUUCAUUUGACGACUCGGAUGGAGAAGAAUUCUCGCUGAACAUUGAACAAGUAAAGGACCGUUCCAGAAACGACCUUGCUUAUUAUAUGUCUCAAUUCGUUAGUAGUAAGGAUACGCAUAUUGGACAGAAGACAAUUACUAAUAUCUAUGACGUUAACUUUGGGACUUUCGAAGUCAAUUAA